AUGAAGCUAUCCCCAUCCAAGCUUCACACAGUUAACUCUUCAAAGUCAACGUUCGACAUCGAACGGAAUCCACAUGCUCCCAUGAUUAACUUACGACUUACAAGUCGCGUGGCAAAACGCACAUUUUCUUCCCUCUGCACGAAACCGCUCCACCUCCCUCCUACAGAUCCUACCUUCGCCAUACCCAGCCACGAGGUCGUCGAUGAGGAGAGAUACCUGAACAACGGCCUCCAAGACUUCUACCCCGCAAGACCGGGCGAGACACUCGGCGAUAGCUACCAGUUGCUAGCGAAGAUCGGCUGGGGAACGAGUUCGACCGUAUGGCUAGCGCGAGAUCUCACAAGGUAUCAAUGUCAGCCCGAGCGAACAGUUGCUGUGAAGAUUUUGAAUAGCUGUUAUGGUAAAUCUGGGAAUGAUCUUCUCAGUAUCGAGGAGACCGUUGCACAAAAGAAUCCUUCACAUCAGGGUUAUGGGUCUCUCGCAAAUAUCCUAAUGACCUUCGAGAACGAGAAAGCUAUCCCAAGGUUCAUACAAGAACAAGUCACCAAGUUCCCCAUGCAUUACAAGACCGAUCCAGUAACAAACCGCACCACCUACCAAAGCUACAACGGUUUCGGGCCAAUGGACGUUGAGGAUAUCGCAAACGUCCUCCCUAAAGAUAACCGAUUUCGGCUCGGCAUGGAACCAGACUACUACCGAGCGCCAGAAGUUGUCCUUGGAUAUGGGUGGGAUUUCAGCGCAGAUAUAUGGAACUUUGGUGUCCUUGUUUGGAACAUUAUCGAAGGCACAGAGCUCUUUACUCAGGUGCAAGAUGCUAACGGUCGAUAUGAUCCGAAAUCCCAUCUGGCAGAAAUGAUCGCUCUGCUUGGUCCACCACCUAAGGAGGUAAUUGGGCGAGCAGAGUAUAUGUCACAGUUGGACUAUCCUUCUCCAAUCAGCAUUGGGGCGGGAAAGCCGUGCAAAAAUGCUCGGGAGGUCUUUGGUGGUCCGUUCUUCGAUAAAGAAGGGAAAUUCCUUCACGAGGAACUCAUACCAAGUCGAAAACUGGAGGAUACGAUCCCUUCUCUUGAUGACUCGGAAAGGGAACUUUUCUUGUCAUUUGCUAGGGAUAUGCUUACGUGGGUUCCAUCAGAGAGGAAAACUGCUCGUGAGCUGACGGCCCAUCCGUUCCUCAAUUUCGGUGGACAUAUUACUAAGGACUUCUUGGAGGGGCGGUCUUAG